AUGGUUGCUUCCGAGAAGAAGACCUUUGAAAGGUCUGCUGGUCUGUCACUCACUCGCUUCCUGAGAUUUAUUUCCUCAGAAUACCGAAUUCUGUUCACGCUCGUUUUUACCCUCAACCUUAUUGGCGUUAUUAUCUUCUUAUGGCUAUGGUUCCUUGAUGGCCACGCAAACCCAAACACCUGCGGCCUCGCAACGGCAAUAAAUCUCGCUGUCAGUAUUGUUAUUCGAGAAGAGCAUGUCGUCAACGGCCUAUACUAUGUCUUCACAGCGUUUCCAAAAACAUCACCACUCUGGCUAAGGUCACGGAUGGGCAAGAUCUACCAUCUUGGAGGUCUGCAUAGCGGCUGUGGAGUGGCAGCUACCUUCUGGUUUAUCAUGAUGUCCAUCGAGAAAACCAGCUUUUUCAAUAACACCAAGGACCGAGAUGCCGCCAUGUGGGUUUACAUUGUUAUCAUCUACAUGCUGAACUGCCUUCUCAUUGCAAUGCUGGUCAUGUCUUACCCCUCAGUACGAGCGAAGAUCCACAAUGCUUUUGAAGUUGUUCACCGACUGGCUGGCUGGUCUUCUCUCGCUCUUCUCUGGUGCCUUACGGUUCUCGAUGCAACAAUCAAUACCAAGCCGGGUGAUUCACCCGCCGCGGCCGUUUUCUCCAGUGCGCCAGUUUGGCUCGUCUUUAUCUCAACCUGUUGUGUCAUAUCAACUUGGCUGAACUGUCGAAAAGUUCAAGUUGUCUCUGAGCGACUAUCUUCGCACGCUCUUCGGAUGUACUUCGACUAUACCAAUCCUCAACCUGGAACAACCAUUCGACUCUCGUCUCGACCUUUGCUGGAAUGGCACGCCUUUGCAACUGUCAACAACCCAAAGGAAAAUGGUUUCUCAGUAGUUAUUUCAAAUGCAGGGGACUGGACGAAGAAGGUUGUCACCGAACCGCCUCGUGAGGUUUGGCUACUGGUUCCGGAAUUGCACCAUGCCUUCCAGUCAUUCUUGCACAGCAAACACGGAUAA